ACAUGGCUAUCCUGGUGGUUCUGUUGAGACUCUGUAUCAAGGGAGAGCCAUUAUCAUUAGCCACUAAAUGAAUUCCAGCCUCUCAUCUGUUUGGAACAGAUCCGGCCUUGGAUUCAAUACUUUGCAAGCCCUGGAUAUCUGCCCAUCUAGUUAGUCUCAGGGCUUUUCUACUUUUUCCUUUCAGUGUCUUGAAACAGCUCUUUUCCUUUCCAUAUUAAAGGUCUUUAUUUGGGGUUCACAAAGCCAUCUCCCGGGGUUUAGACUGGAAGUAGUCAAUGCUUGCCUCUGUCCCUGAGUGCUGGGAUUAAAGGUGUUCACCAACAGUUGCUGCUGUCAUAUGAGACAGGGUUUCUCUGUGCAGCUCUGACUGUCCUAGAACUCACUCUGUAGGCCAGGCUGGCCUUGAACUCAGAGAUCGGGCUGUCUCAGCGUGCACCACCACUGCCCAUUUAAAUUUUGUAUUCUGUGUUUUUUGUCUGCGCUGGAUACUGGACUGGGACCAGGAAGUUUAGAAAUACAUAUACCAUGGUCUCUGAUCCUAAGAAAGAGAGGGAAAGGUGUGAACAGGCAGUUUUAAUACAAGUAAAUUCAAGGUUUUCUAAACAGAAGUAAAAGGAACUUGACAGAGGCUCACAGCUCGUCCUGGACGGAGACGCAGGGCUCUCUGGAGGAGCAGAGGCUGGAGCUAAUCAGUUCUUCGAGGAGGAAGGGAGUGUGUUAAGCGGGAAAGAUAUGACCUAAUCAGUAGGUGGCCGGAAAAAAAAAAUCUCAUGUGCUUGAGUCUGUGCUGGAUGUUGGAGGACGGAAUGAAGGAUGAGGCCUGCCCUUGAAAAUGUCCUGGUUGGGUCCCCUGGACUUGCAGCUAGUGAUUGAACUCGGGGCUUUGGCAUGCAUCAGCCAUAGCCCUGGUCUCACGGGAUUGGUUCAGCCUGGCCGGGGGCAUUUCACGAGGGUCCUGUAGCUUGGAUCGAGGCCGUGGUCAGGAGCCUUCAGGGAAGCCUGCAGAUGACCAACACAGAACUGCACAAGCAGGGCCUGCUGCUCUUCGCAGAAAUCCUGACUCGGCAGCCUGAGGAGAUCAGGCUGUUCACAAGCUCCGCCAUGUGCAGAGAUGCCAGCCGUGCCCUGCAGGAGGCCGUGAGCAGCCCUGUGUUAGCGGUGGCUGCUGAAGCACUGAGGGCCAUUUCAGCUUUUCUGAGGAAGGACCACCAGAGCUCUCUGCCCGUGCAAUACAGAGCCCUUCGUGCCUUGCUUGAAGCCAUGCUGAGCCGAUGUAUGGAAUUUUCCCAGACCCCUCUGAACAGGAGGUCCCUGGGCCACGCUUGCAGUAGAAACUUAGAGAAGGCCACUCUUCGAAAGGGGAAGUUCCUUCUGAGCACCCUGGAGGGGUUUAGAAACGCCUGCAGGUUGGCUGUGGAAUUCCAAGGUGAGCCUUCUGCCCAGGAGAAUCCCUUCACAGCUCCCAGCGCAGAGAAGGAAGACACCUUGGAGGCCUUCUCAGAGUUUCUUCUUAGUGCCUGUGACUCCCUGUGUAUCCCCAUGAUGAUGAGGUACUCGGAGGAGACCACGCAUCCAAACCUGAUGGAGGUUUUCCUGUCAAUUCUACACAGCCUCUUUGUCAUCGUUCCCCACAUGAAGGUGAAGUUCUCCAGGAAGCUUGCUGAUGCAUCGUUCAUACGACUGACCCUGGAGCUGAAGGCCAGGUUCUGCAGUGGCCAGAGUCACUCGUCCCUAAAUCAGGUGUGCUCCAGCUUCCUCUACUACAUGUGCCUCAAUCUCCUCUUUGCUCCAGAGAAGACGGAAUCACUUUCCCAAGAAGAACUCCCUGCAGUGUCUGAGUUCCUACAACAUGGACUGCCCCACAUAAGCAGCAGGACCCCAGAAAGUCUGGCCUUCCUGUCAGAUCGGCAGCAUGUGGAGGUGGCCGCGCGCCAGAGACAGUACUGCAUCCUGCUCCUCUUCUACCUUGCUCACAUCCAUGAUGACAGGUUUGUCCCUGAUGCAGAGCUCUGUGUGGCUGUGCAGAGCUUCCUUUUGUCUCUGCAGGACCAGGGUGAGUGCCCUCCACCAGUGGUCUGCAAAGCUGCCAUCUAUCUGUUGGCGGUGUGCCAAGACAAGGACUGUGCACUGGGUGAGGCCGUGGUCAGUGCAAUCAGAAAAUGCCUAGAGGGCACCUCAGACCUGCGCCUGGUCUACACUCACCACCCGCUCCUGCUCAGGCUCUUCCUGGUGUGCCCAGGGCUGAUGGGUAGGUUUGGGCACCGCGUCCUGGAGCUUUGGUUCUCUUGGGAAGAGAGCGGCUAUGAGAACCUGGAUGAUGACUCGUCUCCGGGGCGAACCGUCUUUCCCGCCAACUUCGCAGCCCUGUUCCAGAUGCUCAGGAGCAUGCCCAGCGUCCUGCUCAUUCUGCUGGACCUCGUCUAUUCCAGUCCUGUGGACACAGCCCACAAGGUUCUGAUUGUCCUGAGGGCCUUCCUUCGGGAGAAUGAAGACAUUGAAGUGGGCGGUCUCAUCCGAGGCCACUUCCUGCUCAUCCUGCAGCGCCUCUUGGUGGAGUACGGAGCCUCCCCCUCAGGAGCCUCUGGGAACCUGCCGCUGCUGCUGAACCUCCUCUCCUCGCUGCAGCUGAGGACUGAGUCGGAACAGGAACUGGACAGCAUGGCCAUGAAGCUGCUUCACCAAGUGAGCAAGCUGUGUGGGAAGUGCAGCCCUGCAGAUGUGGACAUCCUGCAGCCCUCCUUCAACUUCUUGUACUGGAGUCUUCAUCGGACCACACCCAGUAGUCAGAAAAGAGCUGCUGCUGUCCUGCUGAGCAACACAGCCUUGAUUGAGCUUCUGGAGAAGAUGCUGGCCCUCACCUGGACAGAGGCAGACUCCUCUCCCAGGACGGCACUGCUCUGCUCUGCCUGGCUGCUCACUGCCUCUUUCUCCGCCCAGCAGAACAGUGGCAAUUUGCAGGUCCAUCAGACAUUAUCUGUGGAACUGAACCAAGUAUUGAAGGCUCUCAGCUUUCCAAAAAAGUCGGCAUUGCUGUCAGCUGCCAUCCUACGAUUCCUGCGGACGGCCUUGCAACAAAGCUUUUCCUCUGCCUUUGUGGCCUGGGUACCCUCAGGGGGUCAACCACUGUCAGCUCCUGAAGAUGAUGUCCUAGCUCCACUGGGAACAUCACAAGUGCUAUCCCUGUUGAUUGGGCUCCAGAACCUCCUGGUACAGAAAGACCCUCUGUUAUCUCAAGCUUGUAUUGGCUGUCUGGAAGCCUUGCUCGAUUACCUGCACGCCAGGAGCCCAGACGUCGCACUCCAUGUGGCCUCCCAGCCCUGGAAUCGGUUUUUGCUGUUCACCCUCUUGGAUUCUGGAGAGAAUGCCUUCCUCAGACCUGAAAUACUGAGACUUAUGACCUUGUUCGUGCAGUACCGGAGCAGUGGCAUCCUCUCUCGUGAAGAGGUGGCUCUCAUUUUGCAAGGUGCAGCUUUGGCUGACCUGUCAACUCUCUCAAAAGAUACACUCCAGGCUCUGCAUGGCUUCCUCCUGCAGGUACAGCGCAUCGGUCUCCUAAAUGACAACAACAUGACCCAGACCUUGCAAGCCUCCUUGGAGGGCCUUUGCUCCCGCACCUUCCCAGCCCAGCCAGUCUUUCAAGACAUGCUGUAUCCUUUCUUGCAUCUAGGGGCUUCGACCUGGGCAACAUCACCAAGGCCAUAGAGGCUGUCUGUAGCAGUAUGCUUUCCUCAGUCCAAGUAGGGAGGGAAGGUAGUUGGGAAGUCCCUAAAAAAGCCUGGGUUUGAGGCCAGUCAUGACUGCACAUAUCUAUAUAUCCCAGCACUUAGGAGGCUGAGAAUAAAACCCGGGCUGACCUGGUAUUCAGUGUUCCCUAGGUUACGGUUUGCUCAUUCACAUUAUAGUGCUUGCUGGUGUGUGUGUGUGUGUGUGUGUGUGUGUGUGUGUGUGUGUGUGUGUGUGUGUGUGUGUGUGGUAUUCUUUACCCCUACUGGCUACUCCCUUGGCUAUUCACGGGACAGUCAGUUUUGUUAUAUGGCAACUGCUGGCCCAUUUUGGAAUCCGUGCCACCAAUAUCAGAAGCACCCAUACUCUUACCUGACCAUGCCUGCCCUUGCUGGGUUCCAUGAUAUCCCCCCCCCACACACACACACCCCUUCAGGUCCAUUUCUCUUUUAUGCUCCUCUCAUGUUUCAUGUCAGUUGCCUUGGAGGUGUGUCUGUUUCCCUGUCUCACAUCAGAGACUGAGACAUAAAGGCCCAGAAACAGCAGAAAAAAUGAGACCUGCAGAUUCAGGACACAAUUGUUAAGGGGCAAACGACACGAUCACGCCUUCCUCUGGAGCUAUUUUACUCCACCGUGGAAAUGGAAUCAGGAAAUAAAAUAAUACAUUAUCGUU